AUGGCAGACAAAGUUAGAUACUACUUGGAACAAUCGGUUCCCGAGUUAGAGGACCUCAAAGUCAAGGGGCUUUUUGAUAAAAAUGAGAUUACCAUGAUUAUGAGAAGACGAACUGAUUUCGAACAUAGAAUUACUGGACGUGGAAGCCGACCAAGAGAUUACCUCAAGUAUAGUGAAUUUGAAAACAAUUUGGAAAAGUUACGUAAGAAGAGAUAUGCCAGGUUGAGCAAAGUGGGGUUGAUUGAUACAAAACCAAGUAUAAGUGAUUGGGCUGGAGUACGUCGAAUAAUGUUCAUACUUGAUAGAGGAACAAAGAAAUUCCCUGGAGAUCAACAAUUAUGGGCAGAAUACUUAACAUAUGCUAAGGAAAACGGAGCAAUCAAAGUUGUCUACAAGAUAUAUUCAAGAUUGUUACAGUUGCAACCACGUAAUGUUGAUGCUUGGUUGUCAGCAGCCAAGUACGAGUUUGAAGUAAAUGCCAAUGCCAAAGGUACAAGAUUGUUGUUCCAGAGAGGAUUGAGACUCAACCCAGAAUCCACCACAUUGUGGUUGAGCUAUGCACAAUUUGAAUUGACCUAUAUCUCAAAACUCCUUGCUAGAAGAAAACUUUUAGGGUUGUUAACCGAAUCAGAGGAGAAGAAGGAAACCGAUGAUAUGAUUGUUUUACCUCAAGCCGAGGCUACACUUAAUCUUCCCGAUGCAGAUAUGAAUAUGCUUGGGAGCCCCGAAACAAACCCUGCUUUGAAAGGUGAUGUGUUUUUGGCUGUAUUUGAUGAAUGUGUAAAAGCCACGGGAUUUGACGUGGUGGAGAAGUUUCUACAAUUAAUUGACCAAUUUGAGGAUUUAGACAGAGAUUACUUGUACAAUCAUGUUCUCAACUACAUUCAAAAAGAAUAUCCAGAUGAUAUUAGGACAGUUUUCAUUGACAUAACAUUACCAAUACGGACAACUAAUGAAGGAUUGCAAUUAUCAGUCAACAAGUUUUUGGCGUACAAAGCUAAGAACCCAAAUAAGGAGCUAACUAAUAUGUUUACCAACAGAUUGAUGCAAAUUGAUGGCAAUGAUAAAGUAAAAUCAUUAAUUCAAGCGAUUAUCAAAAAGAUUAAUCCCGUUUAG